GCCCGCUGAAGGGAAGACCGGGUAUCCGCUCUCCCCUGGGGCCCGCCUUGACGGAAGCCCAGCGCGUGGAAUCGGAGCGUGAGCGCUAGGUGACCGGACAGGUGUGAAGGAAUUAGGUCGAUUGAAUUGGUCAGUCCAGCCUGAGUGACUGGGUUCCAGGCAAUGCCGUUGGGAUGCUGCACAAGUCGUCCAGCUGAAGGAGAAGUCCCGUUGAACUGACUCUUCUCAGGAACCUUUUAAAGAUGAAUGAAAAAACAUUGGAAACAACACAGCAGCGGAAACUUCCUGAAUGGAUGUCUACGCAGAAGACGACAUAUACUGUAGAAGAAAGAAAGGCAUCUAUUCAGAAGAGUGUUUUGGAAGAUGACCUCCCCUUCUUAGAAUUCACUGGAUCCAUUGUGUACAGUUAUGAAGCUAAUGAUUGUUCUUUCCUAUCAGAAGAUAUUAGCAUGAGUGUGUCUGAUGGAGAUGUGGUAGGAUUUGACAUGGAAUGGCCACCAACAUACAGUAAAGGGAAACUGAGCAGAGUUGCACUAAUUCAGCUGUGUGUGUCAGAGAGCAAAUGUUACUUGUUUCAUAUUUCUUCUAUGUCAGUUUUCCCUCAGGGAUUAAAAAUGUUGCUUGAAAAUGAAGCAAUUAAAAAGGCAGGUGUAGGAAUUGAAGGAGAUCAGUGGAAACUUCUACGUGACUUUGACAUCAAAUUGAAGAGUUUUGUGGAACUGACAGAUGUUGCCAAUGAAAAGUUGAAAUGUACAGAGACCUGGAGCCUCAGUGGUUUGGUUAAACACCUCUUUGGUAAACAGCUUCUGAAAGACAAGUCUAUCCGCUGCAGCAACUGGAGUAAGUUUCCCCUCACUGAGGACCAGAAACUAUAUGCAGCCACUGAUGCUUAUGCUGGUUUCAUCAUUUAUCAAAAAUUAGAAAAUUUGGGAGCUGCUGUACAGAUAUUUGCUAUACAUGAAGAGGAAGAAGUACUACCUAGUGACGUGAAGAAACAAUUGAUUUCAGUCUCCGAGGAGAUGAUAGAUCUGGCUAAGCAUCUUCCUGAUACUUUUGAAAAAGUGGAAAAUCCACAGAGGGUUUCUGUACUAUUGAAGGAUAUUUCAGAAAAUCUGUAUUCAUUGAGGAAGGUGAUACUUGGUUCUACUGAGAAUGAACUGAGGCCCAGCAGUCAUUUUCACUUAUUACCGUUGGAAGAGCCCACUGCUGGUGAAGUACAACAGAAACAAAUUAGAGAACAUAAAAUUUUUACUAAAAUUACAGAUGAAGCAUGGGACACAACACCUGAUAAUUUAAUUAAACAUAAUGGAGAAAAUGUACUUGCAAACGAAGUAAAACAAGAAGAAGAUGGAUUUGAAGAUGGACUAGAAGAUAAUAAGUUGGAAGAGACUCCAGAAAGAGUUUGUUUAAUGUCAUUAGAUAUUACAGAAGAUGAACUCCAACGUUUGGAACAACAGGCUCAGGAAAAACAUCUUGGUGAUGUUACUUGCAAAUCUCCUGAGUAUAACGAAGAGGAUAUAUCUUAUGUAAUUGAGAGUGAUGAAGAUUUAGAAAUGGAGAUGCUUAAGUCGUUAGAUAUCCUAAAUAGUAGCACAGAAGAUCCAAAUCAUUCAAAAUGCAUAGAAAUGGAAAGAAAUCUGGGUCUUCCUUCUGAAGAAGAUGAUGAAGAUGAGAAUGAAGCUAUUGAAGAGGAAGAAGUUGAUGAAGACUGUUCGUUACCAGGACCUACUGCAGAGCAAAUUAAUUGCCUCAAGACCUACUUUGGCCAUUCUAGUUUUAAGCCGGUUCAGUGGAAAGUGAUUCAUUCUGUAUUGGAAGAAAGAAGAGAUAAUGUUGUUGUCAUGGCAACUGGGUAUGGAAAGAGUUUGUGCUUCCAGUAUCCACCUGUUUAUGUAGGCGGGAUUGGCCUUGUCAUCUCUCCCCUUAUUUCUUUGAUGGUAGACCAGGUGCUCCAGCUUGAAAUGUCCAACAUUCCAGCUUGCUUUCUUGGAUCAGCACAGUCAAAAAAUGUUCUAGAGGAUAUUAAAUUAGGCAAAUACCGGAUUGUGUACAUAACUCCAGAAUUCUGUUCAAGUAACUUGGACCUACUCCAGCAACUGCAGGCUAAUAUUGGUAUCACACUUAUUGCUGUGGAUGAGGCUCACUGUAUUUCUGAGUGGGGACAUGAUUUUAGACAUUCAUUCCGAACUUUGGGCUCCAUAAAGGCAAUACUCCCAUCGGUUCCAAUUGUUGCAGUGACUGCUACUGCAAGUUCUUCAAUCCGAGAAGACAUUGUACGUUGCUUAAAACUGACGGAUCCUCACAUUACCUGUACUGGUUUUGAUCGACCAAACUUGUAUUUAGAAGUUGGACGAAAAACAGGAAACAUCCUUCAGGAUCUGAAGCAAUUUCUUGUCCAGAAGACAAGUUCUGCUUGGGAAUUUGAAGGUCCAGCUAUCAUCUACUGUCCUUCUAGAAGAAUGACAGAACAAGUUACAGCUGAACUUAAGAAACUGAAGUUAGCCUGUGGAACAUACCAUGCAGGACUGAGUAUUAACUUAAGGAAACAAGUUCAUCAUAGAUUCAUGAGAGAUGAAAUUCAGUGUGUAAUAGCUACCAUAGCUUUUGGAAUGGGCAUUAAUAAAGCUGACAUUCGCCAAGUCAUUCAUUACGGUGCUCCUAAAGAAAUGGAAUCAUAUUACCAGGAGAUUGGUAGAGCUGGCCGUGAUGGACUUCAAAGUUCUUGUCAUGUACUUUGGGCUCCAGGAGACAUUAACACAAAUAGGCGCCUCCUUAGUGAAAUAUGCAAUGAAAAGUUUCGAUUAUACAAAUUAAAGAUGAUGGCAAAGAUGGAAAAAUAUCUUUAUUCCAGAAGGUGUAGGCGACAACUCAUCUUGUCUCAUUUUGAAGACAAACAGCUACGAAAAGCCUCCUUGGGAAUUAUGGGAACUGAAAAAUGCUGUGAUAAUUGCAGGUCCAGAUUGGAAUGCUGCUAUUCCAUUGAUGACUCAGAUGAUAUGUUACAGGACUUUGGUCCACAAGCAUUCCAGCUCUUAUCUGCCGUGACCAUCUUAGGCGAAAAGUUUGGAAUUGGGGUUCCAAUUUUAUUUCUCCGAGGAUCUAAUUCCCAGCGUCUUGAAGAUAAAUAUCGCAGUCACAGUUUCUUUGGCACUGGCAAGGAUCACACAGAGAAUUGGUGGAAGGUUUUUUCCCAUCAGCUCAUAACUGAGGGAUUCUUGGUAGAAGUUCCUGGGCAAAGCAAAUUUGUAAAGAUUUGCACCCUUACAGAAAAGGGUAGAAAUUGGCUAGCUGAAGCCAAAACAGAAUCCCCUCAAAGCCUUAUCCUUCAACCUAAUGAAGAAUUGUGUCCAAGGAAGUUUUUUCUACCAAGUUCUAAAGCUGUAUCUUCCGGCACUGAGCAACAUUCCUCUAAUCAAGUACCAAUUGAAUUAACUUCAGAGCAGUCCAGCGUGUAUAAGAUGUAUUCUUACAAAGCACGUGAUAAAAUUUCUUCUGGGAGGAACAUUCCUGAAAAAAGCAUCAUGGUGACAUCACCAGGAGAAUAUUACAAGUCCUCAGAACCUGUUAUUUCAGCCGAAGAGCAGGAGACUCAGAAUAUAUUAUAUGGCAAAUUGGUGGAAGCUAGGCAGAAACAUGCCAAUAAAAUGAAUGCUCCUCCAGCUAUUCUGGCAACAAAUAAGAUACUGGUGGAUAUGGCCCAAAUGAGACCUACUACAGUUGAAAAUGUGAAAAGGAUCGAUGGUGUUUCUGAAGGCAAAGCUACGAUGUUGGCCCCUCUGUUGGAAGUCAUCAAACAUUUCUGUCAAAUAACUAGUCUUCAGACAGACCUCUUUUCAAGUACAAAACCACAAGAACAGAAGAAAAGUCUGGUGGUGAAAAAUAAAGCAAGCUCACUUUCACAGUCUGCAGCCAUCACAUAUUCUUUAUUCCAAGAAAAGAAAAUGUGUUUGAAGAGUGUAGCUGAGAACAGGAUUCUGCCUCUCACAGCAGUUGGCAUGCACUUGUCCCAAGCGGUGCAAGCUGGCUACCCACUCGAUCUGGAGCGAGCAGGUCUGACUCCAGAGAUUCAGAAGAUUAUUGCUGAUGUUAUCCGAAACCCUCCCAUCAACUCAGAUACAAAUAAAAUUAAACUAAUUAGAAUGUAUGUUCCUGAAAGCAUUGACACCUACCUUAUCUACAUGGCAACUGAGAUCCUGGAAAAAGACUGCGAAAACAGGAUGCUAUGCCCAUCUUCAUGUGAUUCCAGCAAAAGGAGAUGUUUCCCCAACUCUGAAGAGAGCUGUUCAAAUUCUAAGAGAAGGAAGGAAGAAGUGGGCACUAAUACCAAGGUUGAUGGAAAACAUUCUUGUGAUUUUUCACUGAAAGAUGAGAGUCACAGAAAUUCACUAAAACUAACUUCCUGGAAUCAGCCAUUCAGCGAUCCCAAAACAGAAGAUUCCUUUGUAGAUUCUCAUUCACAGACUUCGUCUGAAACCUCAAAGAGAAAAUUACCUGGGUGGUUUGCCAAAGGAAAUGAGACCUUACCUGAUGCCAGCAAGAAAUCAACGGCCAAAACUAAAAAGAAGGGUCUUUUUAGUUAAACUGGCAACUGCCAGAGGAAUUAUGUGUGUCUUGCUGUGUUUUAAGAGGGAAGCUGUAUUUCAUUUCUGAAAAGAGUGGGGAGUAAUACUUUUGUUUAAAAAUUAUUCUAAUCUCAAAGUAAAACUCACCUAUUUAUUGAACAGCUGGUGUCUUAAAACAGCCUUGUCCAAUUCACAUAAAGUUGAGUCUUCUGAGAGCCUGAGUGAGUACCUCAUAGAACAGAAUCUUAGUUUCUUAUGAGAUUGCUUUAAGAAAUCAUGUUACUGCCCUGUUUUCUAAUCUCUUUACUUACUUCAGCAGUAUGUUUGGAAUAUGUAAUGUGCGGUGAUUUAACAUAGAUAACAGAUUAUCAGUUGUAAGUGAUUAUGUGUGUGAUAUGAAAUAUUCCUAUAUUACCAAAAUUCUGUCUUAUAAAUGAAGAACGCAUAGUUAUUUUACAAAUUGUUUUUUCUAUUGUUAGAAGAAACUCUUAUACACAUUUUAAAAUGAUAUUAGUGGACCAGACCAGUGAAAAUGAAACAUUUCGGGUUCUGUGUGAAUAGAGGAAAGAAUAUAACAAAGGAGACCAAUUGCACUAGACAACUAUGCAUUUUGUAUAUUAUAUACGAUUUCUAUUAUUUUUCAAAUAAUAAAAAAAAGUCUUUAGUACUGAAUAUUAUAAAGGUAUGUAUUUUAAACUUUCAUAUACUGAAUUACCUUGAGCACCUUUAAUUUUUGAUGUCAGAAUUUGAUUCUAAUAUCUCUUUAUGUAGCACAUUAACUGAAAUAUACAAAACACAUACUGACACUGAAUUGGGUAAAUGAUAGUUGAUAUAACUUUAAGCAGUUCACCAUAUGGCAUUUAAUCGACUUUUUGUAAAUAAAAAUAACUGUCAUUAAUAAAGAAGAAAUAUAUGUUUGCUGUAGAAGAAUUAGAAAAUGCAGAAAAGUGAAAAAAAAAUCACAAAAGUUCCACUGGUAGGUAAUCAGUUAACCCCUUUCAUGUAUCCUGCCAAGCCUUUUAUUUAUUGAUUGAUUGAUUUUGGCCGCACCGUGCGGCAUGCAGGAUCUUAGUUCCCUGGCCAGGGAUCAAACCCAUGCCCCCUGCAGUGGAAGUGCGGAGUCUUAACCACUGUACCGUCAGGAAAGUGCCCUGCCAAGCCUUUUUAUAUUCACUUCUUUUCUUAGUUUGUUACAUGAAUAAUACAUGAAUGAAUAUUCUUUGUAAAGUAUUCAAGCUAUACUUAAAACAUUAAAGUCCCCCAUAUACCCGUUUCCCCACAUCCCAUUACCAGCCCCUUUCCAGAAGGUAACUCCUAUUGAAUAUGUGACGUUUUGUUCUCUAGUCAUUUCCUCUGCAUUUACGUGCCUCUGCAUGUGUAGCUACACAUACAUUCUUGUUUUUUUUUGAGGUACGUGGGCCUCUCACUGUUGUGACCUCUCCCGUUGUGGAGCACAGGCCCCGGAUGCACAGGCUCAGCGGCCAUGGCUCAUGGGCCCAGCUGCUCCGCGGCAUGUGGGACCUUCCCAGACCGGGGCACGAACCCGUGUCCCCUGCAUCAGUAGGCGGACUCUCAACCACUGCGCCACCAGGGAAGCCCCCAUUCUUGUUUUUUUUAAUUUUAAUUUUUAUAUUGAAGUAUAGUUGAUUUAAAAUACUAUAAUCAUUUCAGGUGUACAACAUAGUGAUUAAAUAUUUUUGUAGAUUAUACUCCAUUUAAAGUUAUAACAUAUUGGCUAUAUUCGUUGUGCUGUACAAUAUGUUCUUGUAGCUUAUUUAUUUUAUACACAGUAGUUUGUACCUUUUAAUUCCCUACCCCCAUUAUCUCCCCUCCCCAUUAUCUUCUUCCGUCUGGUAACCAUUAGCUUCUUCUGUGUAUGUGUGAGUCUGUUUCUGUUUUUUAUAUUCAUUCUUUUUUAUUGUUGUUUUUUCUACAUAUAAGUGAUAACAUACAAUGUUUGUCUUUCUCUGUGUGUCUUAUUUCACUGAGCGUAUUACCCUCCAGGUCCGUCCAUAUUGUUGCAAAUGGCAGAAUAUCAUUCUUUUUUAUGGCUGAGUAAUAUUCCAGUAUCACUCUCUGCAGAUGACGUGAUAUUUAUAUAUAGAAAAUGCCAAAGCCUCCACCAAAAAACUGUUGAAACUGAAUUCAGUAAAGUUGCCGGAUACAAGAUUUAUAGAAAUCUGUUGCUUUUCUAUACACUAAUAAUGAGCUAUCAAAAAGAGAAAGUAAGAAAACAAAAGUUUUAAAGUUGCCCAGAAUAAAAUACCUAGGAAUAAACUUAACCAAGGAGGUGAAAGACCUAUACUCUGAAACCUAGAAAACAUUGAUGAAGGAAACUGAAGAUGUUACAAAAAAAUGGAAAGAUAUCUUAUGUUCCUGGAUUAGAAUGUUAAAAUGUCCAUACUACCCAAAGCAAUCUACAGAUUUAAUGCAAUCCCUAUCAAAAUACCCAUGACAUUUUUCUCAGAACUAGGACAAAUAAUCCUAAAAUUUACAUGGAACCACAAAAGAUUCUGAAUAACCAAAGUAAUCCUGAGAAAAAAGAACAAAGCUGGAGGUAUCAUACUCCCUGACUUCAGACUAUACUACAAAGCUACAGUCAUCAAAACAGUGCUGUACUAGCACAAAAACAGACACAUAGAUCAAUGGAACAGAAUAGAGAGCCCAGAAAUAAACCCAUGCCCUAUGGUCAAUUACUCUACAACAAAGGAGGCAAGAAUAUACAAUGAGGAAAAUAUAGUCUCUUCAAUAAGUAGUGCUGGGAAAACUGUACAGCUACAUGUAAAAGACUGAAAUUAAAACAUUUUCUCACAGCAUAUAUAAAAAUAAACUCAAAAUGGAGUAAAGACCUAAUCGUAAGACCAGGAUCCAUGAAACUCCUAGAAGAAAACAUAGGCAGAACACUCUUUGACAUAAAUCUUUUUUUUUUUUUUGCACAAAUGAGAUCAUGCUGUAUUUAAUUUUCUGCAACAUAUUUUUUCUA